GUCAUUUAAAUAGCGACCUACAAUUUACACACAAUUUCCGGUGUUGGACUCGAACAAAGACGGAAUAUUUGAUUGUUUAUCACACAUGAGUGUCUAGAGACAAGAAGAGAAGAAAAAGGAGAGGAGUCAGGAAAUUUUUGUUUGAGAGGCUGUCCACAGAACACUGGGCAAGGUGGAAGGCCCGGCACCAAGAAGUGGUGCUUCUCGAGCUCUCCCUCUUGGCAGGACGCAAGAGACACCACAACAAAAUUACCCAAGCAAAUACAACAAAAAUGAACAAGCAGUGAGAAAAGUCCCUAGAUGGGUGCCCCCGAGCACCUCAAGACGUGAUGAACCGGGCAGUCGUGAUCAGCAAGACCUUGUCUUCAGGCGUGUCCGUGGUAUCCUCAAUAAACUUACCCCAGAAAAGUUUGACAAACUCUGCCUGGAACUGCUCAAUGUAGGAAUCCAUUCCAAAGUAAUCCUUAAAGGCAUCAUACUACUGGUGUUUGAAAAAGCGUUAGAAGAGCCCAAGUACAGUUCUAUGUACUCGCAGCUAUGUAAGAGACUAGACGAAGACGCCCCCGACUUCGAACCUGCGGGUUCAAAUGUGAAAACUUUUCGGCGCUUGCUCAUCUCCAAGUGUCAGGACGAAUUUGAAAAUCGCUCCAGAGCUUUUGCCGCUUAUGACAAACAGAAUGGCCCUCUUACUCCAGAAGAGCAGGACCAGAGAGGCCAGGCCAAGGCCAAGAUGCUUGGGAACAUCCAGUUCAUCGGUGAACUUGGUAAGCUCGGUAUGCUACAUGAAUCCAUCCUCCAUCGAUGUAUCAAACAGCUCCUUGAGAAGAAGAGUAGGGAGAGCCUGGGAGAGAAGGCGGAAGACCUCGAGUGCCUGUGUAAGAUAAUAUCCACUGUAGGCGGACGACUCGAUCAUGAUAAGGCUAGGACCUGGAUGGACCAAUAUUUUGAUCGCAUGACUCGCUUCUCAGAGAACAUGGAGCUGCCGUCACGUAUCCGAUUCAUGUUGCAAGAUAGCCUGGAACUCAGGGAUAACGAAUGGAAACCGCGCAGGCGUCAGACUGAUCAUGGACCACGAACCAUUCGCCAAAUACACCAAGAAGAAUUGAAGAGAGAGCAGCAAUCAAACCAAGCUAUGGGUCGAUUCACCCCUGAUUUCUUCAACAUCAACGGUGGGGGGAGUGGAGCAUGGCCGGCCAGAGGUGGACUGGGAGAUCUCUUCCUGCAAGAUACAAUGUCCGGCAGGGUAGGAGCAGGCCCAGGAGUGAUCAGUGACGAGCUAUCGCCUAACCCAGGCUUUGGGAGCUACAGCCCUAGAACACAACAUCGCCAGAUGGGGCAACAGCAGCAACAGCAACAACAAGGGCAGCAGGGGCAACAACGUGGCAGCAACAAUCGCUCAGAUAGCGGCGACAGGCAGCGGGAUCAAGGGAACCAACAAGGAGGCUAUCAGAACCAGGCGCCUCGAUUCCAGCAACGCGGCGGCAACCAGCAACGCGGCAAUCGCAACGACGACAACCAACAGCAGCAACGCUAUCAGCAACGUGGUGGACACGACCAGCAACGCAGUGGCUACGACCACCAACGGGGUAGCGGCAACCAGCAACACCACCAGGGCCGCAACAUGAACCAGCAGGGGCAACAGCAGCAACAUUACCAGCAGUAUCCCCCGCCACAGCAGCAGCAACGCGACUACAACCAAGGUGGCUACAACAACAAGCAGCAGAACAAGCAAUACUAUAAUAAUGAGAAUCAGGAUUAUGGUGGCCGUGGCGGCUCGGGAGAGCGGGAUCGGGACCGAGAUUGGGAUGGCGAUCGCGGAGGAAGGAUGGGCAACAGAGGUGGUGGCAUGGACCAAGGAAGGUAUGGACAGCAGCGUCAGGACCGUGGCCAGCAGGACAAGCCUUACGGGGGUGGCCAGCAGCGGGACGGUGGUGGAGGAGGAGGAGGGCGACAGAGAGACGAUGUGAGGGAGAGCAGACCCCCAAGGAUCAAUAAACUCGACACGGGAGAGAUCAACCUACGUCCUUCAGGCAACAUGGUGCUGAAGCCCCAGGUGCCCAGGUUCCUCCCACCAAGCGCCACGUCCAACUCCCCCAACUCCAGCCCCCCUCGAGGCAUUGCCCCCAUCCACGGCCUACUCCCCACCAAUCCACCCCCCAACAACGUCCAGCAGCCACCCCCUCUGCAGACUGGCUACCCCGGUCUACCGGUCAAGCAUUCCGCUGCCGGUAGCCUCGGUGGUGGUACCGGCGGCGCCCCUGCAGGAGAGAGGAGGAUUGAGAGGAAGAAGCAGCCCACCAAGGAGGAGCUCUUGAAAUCUAUGGAGGAGCUAUUGACUACCUACCUAGAGAGCAAAGACGACGAGGCGGUCAUCAAGAGCUUCAAGGGUCUGCAAGCACCCAAGCGUCAUGUCCCGGCUCUGCUGACCUACGUCAUGACCCACUGCAUCCAGCAGUCCGACACAGAGAGGGAGAGCGCUGCCAAUUUGCUGAGUGUCCUCAAGAAAGAGGGAUGUAUCACAGGCAACAACUUCAUGGAUGCCUUCACCUCAUUCCUUGAGAGUUCCAAGGAGCUAGAAUCGGAAGUGCCGCUCAUCAAGUCCCACACCGCCGGCCUGGCCGCCAGGGCGGUCACCGAUGAGGUGGUCAGCCUUGCGGACAUCGCCGACCCCCUGGAAAACGGGGCCUUCUACCCUCUCUUCCUGCUGAUCCUGCAGCGCAUCGCCAAGGCCAAGUCCAAGGACGGCUUGGUGGCGCUCUUCAACGAGAGCAAGGUGGCUAUGCUCAAGAUGCUGCCAGAGAGCGAUAGGAACAAGGAGAGGAUGAUGGAGAUCCUGGAAGGAAAGAGCCUAAGCUUCCUGUUCCCCUUGCUGCGUAUGCAAGCCGACGUGACGAAGCAGCUCCAGAGCGACAGCAACCCUAGUGCCCUCUAUAAGUGGAUCAAAGAGAAUGUGUCCGUAACAAUCCACAAGGAUAAGGGCUUCAUUAAUGCCCUUACUGCCAGUGUGAUCAAGUUCAUCGUCGCGGAGACCAGCCUGCCUGAGGGUGCGGAUCCAGCCGUACUCCCUGACAAGUCCCUUCAAGAGAAGGAGACGGCCCUCCUGGAGAGGUUCGCUCCGGUGCUCCAGAAGUUUGUCCACGUGAGCAUAGACCUGCAGCUCGGCGCCCUAUAUGCCCUACAGACCCAGUGCUAUAACCUCAGCUUCCCCAAGGGAAUGCUACUGCGAUUCUUUGUGAAUCUCUAUAACCUUGAAGCGAUCGAAGAGGAGGCCUUUAUCAAGUGGAAAGAAGAUAUUACCGAUGAGUUCCCCGGCAAAGGACAAGCCUUGUUUCAGGUGAACCAGUGGCUGACAUGGCUAGCUACCGCUGAAGAAGACUCGGACUCAGACGAGGAGGUAGACGACUGAUCGUCGUGGCAACACGGCAUGCCGCUUCAUCACAUGUGGUCGCUACAUUUCGAACAACCACCCGGAGUCCCCAUCCACAAUCUUGAAGACACAUCCGUAUGCGCAAAUUAGUCUCUCCGGAAAUUGCACACAGACAUUGGAUGGAGAAAAAAAAAGCUAGUAACAGUGCAUUAAGAGUAAUCUUCGUUUCACUGAUGUUGCGUACGUUGGAAGUAUAUAUACUCGGUAGUAAAGUGUUUAUUUGUACUAACCCGGUAUUGUAUGAGUAACGGUACGGUCAUUUUCGGUAACAUCACUGCGUUUCAAUGGAACUUUUUAUGAUUUCUGUGUAGUACAAGCGUAGUGUCUGAGGUAGCGUAGGCAGGAAUGCUUUGUGUACGGUAAGUGAGGACUGCUAUAAUAAUCAUGGUUUUGGUGUGUUUCUUUUUUUAAUGUGAAUUGAAUAAGUAAAAAAUAAAUCAAGAGACUCUGAGUCAAAUUUGUUUUUAUUAGUAUUGAAAAUGAGGAACUGUGUUGCGUUGAUAUAAACUGAUGCUUAGUAUGUGCUAUGUUUGGAGAUUAUGAGAACACAAAGUUAUUGUAACAUGCAUGUGUAAAAGUUGUAAACUGUAAAAUAUUGAAACUUGAAGCAUUUAGUAGUAGAUGUAGCCAUAGGAAAUAAAUUUCAAGAAGUUGUCUCACCUGGUUAGUCUAAGCCUUUCAAUACGAAUCGUUUCUUGUAUUACAUGUCUCUGUGGGUCUUUAUUAAAUAAAGUAUGUAACAUUUGCAAAGGGUUAACAAAGUCAGCUGUUACAUGUUUCUGUGGUGAUUCAAACAUUUACAAGUUGAAUAAAUUACAUGGAAUUAUGAUACUAACACGUUGUGGCAAACAACCCAAGUCACUAGAUUCAAGUGUCUUUGAUCAAUUUAUGUGUGUUGUCAAAAUUUGUGAUUACGAUUAAUAGUAGUAAUAAUGCAGAAAAAAAAUAAAGAAAUACAUUUUAGUAGAUUAUGCUCUUCAUGUUUGCAGAUUUUUAUAAAAUUUCCCAUUCUGAAAUGGUACAUUUGAUUUCUUUUUAAACAAGUAAUAUAUUCCAACUUCUUUCGUUAUAAAUGCUGUGAUAAAGAAAAUUGUACAUGUAAAUUGAUGUGACAGGAUUGGUAAGUAAGGGAGGCAAUAUUUGAGGUGUAAGGAUAGUAUGAAAUCAAAUGAAAGUGAGAGAACAGCAACGAUGAAACACAAAAUGGCAUUAUUUUCUCUCUUGCUCACAAUGUCUCUAAAUUCACCUACAUGUAGGUUCUGAACGCUUAUUUGAGUUUGAAUGGUACCAGUGACUUAACUGUAUUUUAUGGUCAGUCUUAAUCAAGAACUUAAGAACUUCAUGUACCAAACUUAAGAAAUUCAUGUGCAUAUAAAAGCAAACAUAUUUGUAGGCUGGAGUAGUUUAAUUUUCCAUGUAGUAAAUUGUACAGUCUUGUUACACAUGAAGGCUUAUCAACAACUUUUAAAAGCGAUAUACAAAUGUACAUUGCUUCGAGCCGUAGACAACUAUGACUUACUUUUGACGUUCUUUAUGUAUACAAAUAAUCACCCAUAACUCUUCUUUUAACGUGCCCUUGCUUUUUAUCAUCAUAUAAAUGAAUGCCCUUUAUCGUGUACAUGCAUCAUUAGACAUGUGCUGGUAUUGGAAAAGUAUUGUUGAUGUAUUUCACUUUGUACAUUACAUCAAAGAUAUGAACACUGUGUUUGUUUACUCAUAAUGUGAUACACAAUCUUUUGUUUAUCUCAGUCCAGAGGCUUAUGCAUUUCUUCAAAUGAUUAUGUAUACGUGAAUGAAUGAAUUCAACAAUGAAAAACGCCUACCACCCUGUAUCAAAGAGUCUUUGUUUAUCUUGUUUGUGCCGUUUCUAUCGAGUUAUUUAAAACUUCUUUUUAUCCGAAGGUUCUUUUUUUGAAAUUCAUUGGAUGUAUCAUAACUUAAAUCAUUUUGAUGAUGUAAUUGUGGAACAAUUUGAUUAUGGCAUUAUCUGGGAAAAAGGAGCUUUGUUUAAGUGGUGCAGCAACGAUUUAUGGAUUUAUGUUAUACUAUCGUGGCAUUUAUGACAAUAAAGUGGAGUUCUGGUCAUGUGUUUGCGCUGUGAAAUAAUCUGUAACAUCUUCGUAAGGGUUGAUUAUGUAGUAAAAUUGUAUAGAGCAAGGUUUUGGAAUCUUCAAAGUGAUAACAAUUUGACUUGAAUCUGUUCAGACAAUCACAUACAGUGAUAAAGACUGCACACAGAAAUGGUCAUGUGGGCCCACACAUACAUGUUGCAUUAAUAAAUUGGCUGAAAUGUUUGAUCUGUUUUCUUGUUUUGGGAAUGUGAGGGCAUUUAAAGACCAAUCCUUUUCAUGUGGCAUUGCUUUUAUCAUGUGAUUUGAUAUUGGAAUAAGAACUCAAAAGAUAGAAAGCUCGCAAAUUAUUUGUCACUUUAACUCAGAACUCGACCUUCUCUUUUCAUCCGAGCAAGCAUCUGAAUACGAUAAGCAUUUGAACAUGAUAAGCACUUCCUAUGUAACAUAGACCUUUCACAUGAUAUUUUUUAGCCUGGUUUCAUGUAAUUAUAUUAGGCUUGCUUAACAGCAUUUUACUGUCUUUUCGUCGCGUUUUGAGCUGAAAAUUUAGACGCUUGAUGAAUAUUUCAAUGUGCUUUUAAACAUUUUUCAGGCAAAUGAUGGCUGUGAAGUUUUGUUGUUCACACUGCAAGGUAGUUUCCUUGAUAAUGCAGCUAAUAAUUUCAAUGUGAAUAGGUCUCUGUCGUAAUUAUGCAUGCACCAAUCAAGCAAAGAUUAAUGCUUAACUGAUUUAAUUGUCAAGUGUGAAUAUGUCUGUAUCAAACAUGCAUUAAAGACUAAAACUAAACUGAUUUUAUGGAUAGAAAAUGUGAAUAAUGCUCUGUCUAUAUGUUGCACGCAUAAAUCAAGCUACGUUUAAAACUAAACUGAUUUAACGGAGAAUGUGAACAGUGCUCUGUCUAUAUUGUGCAUGCAUUAAUUUAGAUUAGUUGCAAUCUUGACUGAUAUAAAGGACAGUUUGAACACUGCUCUGUCUACAUGUAUAUUGUGCAUGCAUUCAUCAUGCAAGCUCAUUUAGAACUUAACCAAUUUAAAAGCAUAAUAUGAACAGGGCUCUAUAGCUAUUGAGUACAUCAUGUAUCAAAAUUGAACCUCAGGUAACAUGGGCUCAAGCCUUGACCGUAACUGUAAUUGUGAACGCAGCAUGUAUCAACGGCAAUUUUCACUCAUGAAUCGUUACUGAGUUAUUAGUGCACUUAAUUUUAGAUUAAAUGUAUGAUAUGGACAUCUAAUCUUGUUGAAUUGAUUUGUUUUUGCAACAUAAAAUAUUUUACAUUUCAAAUAAUCAAGGGCAAUUUUUCAAUUUACAUGGAAUAUUGUGAGCCGCCAUUUAUUUUUUACUGUUGUCUGAAUUUAGGAACCAAUUUUGUGUAUUUUCCUCAUAUUUGUUGUUCUUUUACAUAGGUCACAUAGCUUUGUUCAAUAUGAUGUCAUCAUGCGCUUGUACAGAGUUUAUUUUGGUGUCUACUUGUAGCAAUACUAACCAACCAAAACUUAUCUGUUAACCCCUAACAGCUGUCAUUAUUAUGUUGAUGUUUUUCCUGUUAUUGGUGACAAUUUUAUAUGUUAGACUAUGUUCGAUUUAUUCGCUUUAUUUCAAAUGACUUUAGCUAAUUCCUUGAACCAUGUUUUCCCCGUAAUAAAAUGACAUACAUGCAAGAGUAA